AUGUUACCAACUUUCAGUAAAAUCUAUGAGAAAUUAUUUCUCCUUCGAUUUCAAAAUUGGUCUUCAAGAAUGAAUAUUUUGCCGGUUCAACAAUCAGGUGCAAGAGCGCAUCAAGCGACAACAUCUCGAGCCAAAUACUUAUUAGAACAACUAACUCAAUCACUUCGAUACAAUUCUUUCUCGCCAAUCAUUUAUAUUGACUUUUUACAAGCGUUCGACAAUCUCUGGCAUCAAGGAUUACUGUUAAAGUUGAAUAAACUUAAUUGUCCCUCAGUCUACCUUGCAUGGAUCGUCAAUUAUUUCAUCAGUAGAACUCUCAAAAUUGAGUACAAUAAUCCACAAUCGACACCAAUCAACGUCAGACGAGGUGCUCCCCAAGGGAGUUGUCUUGGCUCAAUCAUUUACAUUAUCAGUCAUCAUGAUCUUCCAUUAGUUUUUGAAAAUCCAUCACAUGUCCAUGCAUAUGUAGACGAUAUUGCUAUUGUCUACAUACCUUCCCUUCAUCUAAAAUAUAAAUUUCAAGUGCUCGAAAUCGAAGAACGCAUUAACAAGGAUAUGCUACAGUUGCUACAUUACACGGAAACUUGGCAUCAACCUUUGAAUCCGAAGAAGUCUGAAUAUGUGGUUUAUCACAAUUCCGUUCAAUGA